AUGGCGGGCGAGGGGGAGGAGGACGAGGCGGCGGAGAUCGAGCUGCAGCUGGAGCAGCACCUGGAGGAGCAGCGGUCCUCCCUCGCCGCCGUCGACGAGGCCCUCGCCGCCGACGCCUCCAACGGGGACCUCCUCGAGGUGCACGGGGAACUUCUGUCCGCGAUCAAGGAUGCAGAGGAAGGGCUUCUGCAUUUGAAGCGUUCUAGGCUAGUGAAGCAAAUCGAUGAGAUCUUUCCAAAUCAGGAGUCAGCAUCACUAUCAACUGAAGCUGCUAUUGAGCCAUUAGAUCCAGAUGAUGUUGAGCCAGAACCAUUGGAGCCACAGGAAUUUUCAGUCGGAUCAAAGUGUAGAUUCAGGCACAAUGAUGGGCGUUGGUAUAAUGGAUGCAUUCUGGGACUUGAAGAUUCAGGCAAUGCACGGGUCUCAUUUCUGACACCCACAUCAGAAAAAAUGUCGAUGUGCAAGUUCUUUCUGCAGCAACGGUGUCGGUUUGCUAAUAACUGCCGCUUGUCCCAUGGUGUUGUGAUUCCUACUUCAUCCUUGAAACGGUUCACUCCAACUGCAUGGCGACAGUCCUUGGCAGGAUCCAGCAUACUGGCAGCUUCUGGGCACCAUUCUGGCCUUUGGAGGAGAGCUGAACUUGAGUCGUGGGAUGAUGAGUUGAAGCGUGGUCAGGUGGUCUUUCAAGAUGAUGGGAGCACUGCAACGCUUCCGGGUGAUUCCCUUUCUAUCCCAGAAUAUGCUGAUGUGAGCGGGGAAGAUGAUGAAAGAGGCUCAAGUGAGGAUGAAUCUGAGUUAAGUGAAGAUGGCGAUCAAGAGGAUGAAUCCAUCCAUCAGGGUCUUGGCCGUUUGGAAACCACAAAUUUAACUGGUGUUCAGUCUGAGACCGUGAUCUUUGCAAAAUGGGAACAGCACACCAGGGGCGUCGCCUCCAAAAUGAUGGCAAAAAUGGGUUACCGGGAGGGCAUGGGGCUAGGCGUGUCCGGCCAAGGCAUGCUCGAUCCAAUCCCAGUCAAGGUACUACCGGCCAAGCAAUCACUCGACCACGCGGUCGCUGCAACCACGGGCGAGGACGGCCGAAGCAUACACCGUGAGAAAGACAAGAAGCGCAGCCGGGGCGGGCAAAGGAAGCGCGACCGGAAGUUUGCGGAGCAGGCCAGGGCCGCCAAGGCCGAGGAGGCGGAGAGGUCCGUCUUCAGCUUCAUGAACAGCCAGCUGGUGAGCCAGGACGCGUCGGAAGGCUCCUCGGCCGCCAAAGCCAGGAAAGAGUCGCCGUCGGGUCAGGCCAAUGGGCAUCCCAAGAAGGAAGACAACAGAAGGUCUCUGCUUGUGUACGACGACGAGGUGAAGGAGCUGCGGAGCCAGGUCGGGCGGCUGGAGGAGAUGGUGCAGCGCAACCGCAAGGACAAGGCGGUGCACGAUGCGGCGUCGAGGAAGCUGGAGCAGACGCGGAAGGCGCUCGCCGACGCCGAGGCGACGCACACCUCGGCCACCAACGCGGUUGCCAGGAAGGAGAAGGAGAAGAAGUGGUUGAAAUUCUGA